AUGGCACUGGUCUCCGGCCACCAUGUUACGACCUCUACCGACUUCCCUGUUCCCACUUUUGCGACACCACUGCAUGCCGCCGCCCUUAUCGGCCAGGAUCAUAUGAUCCGUUGGAUUCUGGAGCGCUGCCCGACCCUGCCUGUCGAUUCCGAGUACGGUUUGUACACCCUGCACUACGCGACUUUCGUCCUGAUGCCGGACAUGGCUACGGACGGCAGAUCUUUGGUUUUCGAUGCUGACCUAGGCGAAGGGGACGUCGGGGUCCUCGUCGACAGAACGAAGGAGGCGACGCGUCUCGUAUCCAGCCUCAUGGGCAUCGGCGCAAUUAUCGACACGCUAAACGAGAGGGAAGCAGCCAAACGACUUCGUCAGGAAAGGAAUCGUCUAGCUGCCGAGAAUCCGGCGGCAAACUCGGCAUAG